GAAGACCCUCUGGCCAUGUCCAUCGUGGGCGAAGCGGGAGGGUCAGACGGCUCCAACGCUCGGGCGGCUCCCGGAACCCCAGGCUCGCGGCCCCAGUUUCCGGCCGGUGGAGGCGCUCAGCGGCCCGAGGCCACGGAAGCGGGCUCGUGGGGCCGGGCCGGGACCGGACCGGAGAUGGCGCCGCCGGCGGGCGGCGCGGCUGCGGCCUCGGACCCCGGCUCGGCCGCGGUGCUCCUGGCGGUGCACGCCGCGGUGAGGCCGCUGGGCGCGGGGCCGGACGCAGAGGCGCAGCUGCGGAGGCUGCAGCUGAGCGCGGACCCCGAGCGCCCAGGGCGCUUCCGGCUGGAGCUGCUUGGAGCGGGGCCCGGGGCGGUCAGUCUGGAGUGGCCCUUGGAGUCCAUCUCCUACACCGUCCGAGGCCCCAGCCAGCAUGAGCUGCAGCCUCCACCAGGAGGGCCUGGGACUCUCAGCCUGCACUUCGCCAACCCUCAGGAAGCUCAGCGGUGGGCAGCCCUGGUCCGAGGUGCCACCGUGGAAGGACAGAAUGGCAGUGACAGCCUGACCCCAGCCCUAGGCUCAGAAACGUGCCCUGUUUCCCCGCCCAGUCUCGAAGUGCCUGCAACCAAGGCCCCCCAGCCCAAGGUGGAUCUUCCUUGGCGCCCUGGAGACUUGAUGGAGAAAGAGGACCUAGCAGGGCACCUGACCCAGGCCAUAGAGGGUGGGGAUGAGAAGCGGGCAGCCCAAGCAGCAGCCAUCCUGGCCCAGCAUCACGUGGCCCUCAGCAUCCAGCUCCAGGAGGCCUGCUUCCCUUCUGGCCCCAUCAGGCUACAGGUUACAGUUGAAGAUGCUGCAUCCUCUGCCCACGUCUCGCUGCCAGUCCACCCCCACUCCACCAUCGGGGCCCUCCAGGAGCAGGUGAGCACGGGGUCUGGGGAACCCUGCUGGGGGGACCUGGGUGACAUUCCGACACUCUGGCCCCAGGUAUUCUCGGAGUUUGGCUUCCCACCGGCUGUGCAGCGCUGGGUCAUCGGGAGGUGCCUGUGUGUCCCUGAAUACAGCCUUGCUUUCUACGGGGUCCGGCGGGAUGGGGACCCUGCUUUCCUCUACCUGCUCUCAGCCCCCCGAGAGGCCCCAGGACGCAGUCCCCAGCGCCCCCAGAAGAUGGAUGGGGAACUAGGCCGCCUGUUUCCUCAGUCACUGGGGCUGCCCCAAGCCCCUCAGCCAGCGGGCUCCAGCCUGCCCAACCCCCUUCAGCCCGGCUGGCCCUGCCCUUCCUGCACCUUCAUCAAUGCCCCAAGCCGGCCCGGCUGUGAGAUGUGCAGCACCCGGAGGCCCUGUGCUUGGGACCCCCUUCCCCCAGCCUCCACCCAGCAGCUACCAAAGGUCACAAGGAGAGAGGAUGGCCCUUCCCUUCCAGGCCCAAGUUCCCUGGACCCCCUCCUGAACCUCUCAGGGAACCUCUGCUGACUGACCGCUCGCUGGAGACCAAGCCGGGGUUGCCGGGGAGGGGCUGUGAGCUGGAGUCAUUAAAUACGCUUGUGAGCCAGCUGGGUGCCCCUUCAC